AUGGGGCAGAGCAUAAACAUAGUCAAAGACGGGCAUAAGGCUUUCAACAGAGAAGACCACCCGGUCCUCUACAUCAGCAGGAAGCUGUCCUUGGCUGAGAGGAAAUAUGCUGCCAUGGAGAGAGAGGCCCUGGCAAUAAAGUGGGCCAUCGAGGAGUUGCGCUACUACCUGGCAGGUCGACACUUCACUCUGGUGACGGACCACGCACCACUGCAGUGGAUGGCCAAGGCCAAGGACACCAAUGCCAGGAGAGAGUGGUAUCGAGUCCAGAGCUCUGAAGGAGAACCACGAGACCUGAGCAAAGAUCCACAAUACUCAGGACGAGUGUCUGUAAGCACAGUGACGUCUGACUGUGAGCUGACAGUGAGGAAUGUGAGUGUGAGUGACUCUGGAGUUUAUAACUUCAGAUUUAAAACACAGAGCAGUGACUGGAUAUCAGCCUCAUCUGGAGUUCAUCUGACUGUUACAGAUCUGAAGGUUACAGUAUCAGAUUCGGAGAGCUACAAGUUACUGAGCUGCAUCACCACCUGCCCCUACAACCUCACUUAUGUCUGGUACAGGAACGGACAGUUUAAAGUUCAACAGGACAGAGGUGAACAGUAUGUCACUAGUGGGGAAUCAGGCAGCUACUCCUGUGCUGUAAGAGGACACGAGGAGCUUCGCUCUCCUGCUGUCUGUGUUUUUGAUGAGAAGAGCUGCUGGAAUGUGACGUACUCCACCCAGAAUAUCUGCUCUCUGAUUGGCUCAUCAGUGGACAUACUCUGUGAUUUCACGUUUACUGAUCAUAACAAGGUCACAAAAGUGUUCUGGUUCAUUAAAGAUCAGACUGGUGUUGAACCUGUGGAUGUGAGAGAGGAUGAGGAGUAUCAGGGCCGAGUGCAGUACACACAGAUCUCCCAGAAUAACUGUAGACUGAGAAUCACUAACCUGAGAGAGAGAGACGCUCAAACAUACAGAUUCAGAUUCUACACUGAUGGGGGUAAAUACACCGGUGAUCCUGGAGUCUCUCUGUCUGUCACAGAUCUGAAGGUUACAGUAUCAGACUGGAGUGAGCAGUACAUGAAUCUGAGUUGCAUCACCACCUGCACUCUGUCUAACAACCCCACUUACAUCUGGUACAAGAACGGACAGCGUGUGUCUGAGUGUAAAUCUGCCUCCUGCUCUGUAGCUGCAGUCGGUGGUGCGGUCAGUUACAGCUGUGCUGUUGAAGGCCAUGACAGUCUCCUCUCUCCUCCAGUGUAUUCUCCUAAAAACACCAGACCAGUGGUUCUUUCCUCUGGAGACAGAGUGGAGGGGGAUUCAGUGACUCUGAGCUGUAGCAGUGAUGCAAACCCUCCUGUUCUCACCUACUCCUGGUUUAAACAGAGAGCAGCUGCAGACACACUGCUGACAACAGGCCAGAAUUACAGCAUCAGCAACAUCAGCUCCCAGCACAGCGGACUGUACUACUGCACUGCUCACAACCAGCUGGGACAGCACAACUCUACACCCACACUCCUGGAUGUGAAGGGUAACUCUACACCAACACACCUGGAUGAGUCAGAGAAUUACACAGUGUUAAUGCUCGUCAUGGUGGGACUGGCUGUCUUCCUGGCAGUAACACUCCUCUCAGGAGCUCUGUGGAUGUGGAAGAGGAAGUCGAGCUCAGCUAAUGGCCACAGCAGCACUGGUGAGAGUGGACAGCGUCACUCUCCUGCUGUUUAUGAAAAUGUCUCAGCCUCAGACCGCAGUGGAAGAGUCACCUCAGAUGAUCAGGAUGACGUUCACUAUGCCAGUGUUGUAUUUAAAAACUCCCACACACAGGAAGUGUCUCUGUCACGCAGACUUCCUCCAGACACCACAGAGGAAGAGGAUGUUCAGUACGCUGCUGUGAACAUUAGCAGGAGCACUGCUGCCAUCCAGCUUGCAGCAGACGAAGCAGCUGAUGAUCCGUCUCAGCUCUACAGCAAGAUCCAGAAACUCCCCACUUCAGCAGUGUAGCCCAUCAUUAGUCCUGUGGCCUGGGAUCUAAAAGCUAAAGAGGUAGCACUUCAGGUUCCUGGAAAACAGCUGAGAGAGAUGUGAUAGUUCUGUUCUGUAUCUCUGUUUUAACCCUCAACACUGCUUCCAAAUCUAACAGGAGAAGAGGGACGGCUUUAACAUUUUAUUAGCGUAGAGCUAGCAGCAUUAUUGCUUUGAUCGUGUAUUAUAGAGCUCUUAUAAUAUUGUAUACUGUUUUACCUUAAACUAUAUGUUUUUACAUUAUAAUCUUCAAUAACGUGUUUGAUUUAUAUUCACAUUAUUUUAAAUGCAAAAACAAAUUGCAGUGCUUAAAUUAUUUACCUAUGAACUUGUUUUUUAUCGUGCCGUCAUUGGCUGGUCAUUUACAUGACUAAUGCUGUAAUGUUUGUUAGUGAGAUAAUCAGACGAAAAAAAAUCCUGUAAAUAAUCUAAAUUUAUC